UAUUAUUUAAAAUUGAUGAUUCUUCGGGACAAGGCCAUAAGGAAACAUUCGGUUAAAGAAUAUUCGGACAAUAAAAUACUCUCGAGGUUCGUUUUUGUGCAUUUUGUGGACAUGAAGAACUUCAGAGUUAUAACAUUUACUUGUGCCUUACUGUCAUUGAGCAUAAAACGUUCAGAAGCUGCUUGUGGAUUUGAGUCAUGCCCCGAGUUGGACAAGGAUAAGAUCAAUGUGCAUUUAAUUGCACAUUCACAUGAUGAUGUCGGGUGGCUAAAAACUGUUGAUCAAUAUUAUUAUGGAACUGAAAAUCAGAUACACCGUGGUAGAGUUGAACGAAUUUUCGAUACAGUGAUUCACGAACUUUUAAAGAACUCAAAGCGUCGUUUCGUACAAGUUGAAAUAUUAUUCUUUUUCAAGUGGUAUAACGAUCAAUCAGAAGAUUUGAAAUUGGCAGUGAAAAAAUUGGUGGACAAUGGACAAUUGGAGUUUGCAGGUGGCGGUUGGACUAUGAAUGAUGAAGCAACGACUCAUUAUCAAAGUAUUAUCGAUCAGUACAAUGUUGGGUUGAAGUUCCUGAGGGAUACAUUUGGUUCCUGUGGCCGUCCCAAUAUUGGUUGGCAACUUGAUUCAUUUGGUCAUUCUCGAGAAAUGGCGUCGAUAUUUGCUCAAAUGGGAUAUAGUGGCGAAUUUUUCACUCGCAUAGAUUUUAUGGACAAGAUAACUCGGAACGAUGAAUUAAGCCUGGAAAUGAUAUGGCAAUCUAGUGAGUCGCUAAGCAACUCAGAUAUUUUCGCUGCAGUAUCUCAAGGCCAUUAUUCUGAGCCGCUAGGCUUUUGCUUUGAUGUCCUUUGCUAUGAUGAUCCAAUUAUCGAUGGAAAUCGGUUCGACAACAAUGUUCAAUUCAAAGUUAAUACCUUUUUGAACUAUUCAACAUGGCUAUCGCAAUGGGUCAGAUCCAAUCAUGUAAUGGUAUCCAUGGGUGAGGAUUUUCGCUUUCAAAAUGCAGAAAUCAAUUUUAGUAAUAUGGACAAACUCAUCAAAUAUGUAAAUGCCCGUCAAAGCAAGGGCUCUCGCGUCAAUCUUUUAUAUUCGACACCGGCUUGUUAUCUGAAGGCCAUUCAUCAGCUUGAGCAAACUUGGCCCAAUAAAACCCAGGACUUCUUUCCAUAUGCUAGCAAUAUUCAUGAUGCAUGGACUGGCUACUAUACUUCGCGCCCCACUCAGAAGCGCUUUAUACGAGAUGGAAAUCAUUUCCUUCAGGUGGUCAAGCAGCUAAGUACAUUCGCCAAUCUCACUGGCCCCCAGCACACAAAUGACUUGGAUAUUUUACGUCAGACCAUUGGCUUAAUGCAGCAUCACGAUGCCAUUACGGGCACUGAAAGACAAGCCGUGGCCAGCGACUAUGAUCGCCUUCUAACCGACGCCAUAGUUGGUGCCGAAACGAAUGCUCGCGAUGCUCUCAGAAUUCUAACUAAUCUUACCACUGGAGAGUUCACCAGUUGUCUUAAGCUAAACAUAAGUGUGUGUGCUUUCACUCAGGAGAGUGCCAAUAAUCUGGUGGUGACCCUUUUCAAUUCUUUGGCCCACACAUCCACCCAAUAUGUACGUGUUCCCGUUAAGAAUGAGAGUUAUGUUAUUGCCGACGAAAUGGGUCGGGAAGUAACUUUUGAGCUUGUUCCUGUUCCAUCGGAUGUCUUAGCUAUUCAACACCGAUCAAAUAUCACUCAGCACGAAUUAGUGUUCAAAGCCUCGGUACAAAAGAUUGCCAAUUUCUAUGUACGAGUUCUCUCUUCCCCAAAAAGUUCUAGUGCUAAGAAAAGGAUCCUAGGUUAUCAGGGACCUAGUGAUGAUAAUGAACUGGUCAUUCAAAAUUCGCUCAUAAAACUAGUGUUUGACAAUAGUACUGGAAAAUUGAAAACUGUUGCAAUGAACGGAGUUACUGAAAAUAUUGAACAGACUUUUGCCAUUUACAAAGGAUAUUGGGGAGACAACCAGGGAACGGUAAAUCGAUCCUCGGGUUCGUAUAUUUUUCGACCAGAUGGGGACAUCAAAGAGUUGAGCGAUAAGAUCGAUUUGACAGUUUAUAAUGGCGACAGAGUUCAGGAAGUACAUCAACAUGUGAACGAAUGGAUUUCGCAAGUAAUUCGUUUAUAUGAUGGUGUUAAUCGUGUGGAGUUCGAGUGGCUAGUUGGACCAAUUCCAGCGAAUGAUAAUAGCAGCAAAGAGAUAGUGACUCGCUUCAAAAGUGACAUCUCUUCGAAUGGAGUAUUUUACACUGAUUCCAACGGUCGAGAGAUGCUUCAACGAAAGCGAAACGAACGCGAAGAUUUCGAUCCUGAUUUGACAGAAAAAGUUAGUGCUAACUAUUAUCCAGUGACGACUAGAAUUUCGCUUAAGGAUGAGAAGAAACAUAUGACUCUGCUUAAUGAUCGUGCUCAAGGUGGUUCAAGUCUUCAAGAUGGAAUGCUGGAACUGAUGAUCCAUCGUCGUUUACUAUCGGAUGAUUGGUGUGGUGUCGCAGAAGCUCUUAACGAAACACAGUUUGGCAAAGGUUUAGUGGCACGGGGAAAAGUUUAUCUCAUCCUUAAUAAUAUAACAGAGAAGGCCACAGGAACUGAGAGCUUAAAUCAGAAGGAACUUCAUCUACCAUUCUGGAAAUUCUUUAGUAAAUCCAACAGCGUUGCUACCGUCCUGCCAAAUAAGCUUCCCGACUUUACUGACUUGCCACAAUCCAUUAAUCUUUUGACUCUGGAACCGUAUUCGAGUGAUGAGAUCUUACUUCGAUUGGAGCAUGUGAUGAAUCAUAAUGAAAGCAAUGUGCUUAGUUUCAACGUACGAACAUUAUUUGAUACUUUGGCUGGACAAGAGAUUCGAGAGACAACAUUAGAUGGAAACCUGCCACUUGAUGAGAUGAAGAGACUCAAAUUCCAUCACGAUGUGGAUGGUACGGAUCCUUCGAAAGUUGAGUAUUUCACAUCCUCUCACAAGCCAUUGACAGCAAAUGCAUCCAUGGCUAAUUCCGAUUUUAACGUCACCUUUUACCCAAUGCAGAUCCGUACAUUUAUUAUCAAGCGUUAAUAACAUUUGCUAAAAUAAACCAUACACAGAUGUGCUACAGAAA